GCAGACUUGCAAAUCUCAACCAGAUCUGGCAAACUUUGAUUCUGAAGGGUUCCAGCUGACUUCCAGCAUUGCUUUCAGAAAAAGCCAAAAUGCAUUCAAUGAAGAAAACUGAAUACUCUAGUAGCAGUGGAAGCAGCUCCUUUGGCCAGAUGAGCAGCAGCGAAAUAGGAAGCCAUGUGAAAAAGAGCACAGUUACAACUGUGAAGAGCACUGAGCAAGUCAGUUCUCCAUCUUACCGAACCACCAUCCACACCUCCACUGCUCUCAGCCAGGAGGUCGACCCUCUCUUACAGGUGAUUCGACGAGAAGAGAAAGACCAGCUCAAGACACUCAAUAACCGCUUUGCAGGCUUUAUCAACAAGGUUCGUCACCUUGAGCAACAAAACAAAAUUUUGGAGACCAAAUGGUCCCUCUUGCAGCAACAGGGACAUUACAGUUCCAGCAAUGAGGAACUGUACAAGGCAUACAUCAAUGCCCUCUCCAGACAGCUGGAAAGCUUUAAACAGGACAAGAUGCGGCUGGAUAGUGAACUGCAGCAAAUGCAUGGCACAGUGACUGGGCUCAAAAUGCAAUAUGAAGAUGAGCUGAAUAAUCGUGCAGGAAUGGAAAAUGAUUUUGUUACCUUGAAGAAGACUGUUGAUGAUGCAUACCUGACGAAACAUCAACUUGGGGAUAAACUGGAUGGAUUUGUUAGCGAACUUGACUUCCUGAGACAAGUCUAUGAUGAGGAUAUCCGUGAACUGCAAGCACAAGUCAAGGAUGUUGCUGUCACUGUUGAACUUGAUAAUACCCGUGAGUUGGACCUUAAUGAACUCGUCGCUAACAUGAAAGAACAAUAUGAGAUUUUAGCAGCCAAGGGUCGUGAUGAAGCUCAGGCUGAGUACAGAACCAAGUUCAAUCAACUGUCUCAGUCUACUGGAAAAUAUGAUGAUGAUCUGCGUCUUAUGAAAAAUGACAUUACAGAAACAAGCAGGAGAAUCGCAAAGAUGAACUCUGAAAUAGAUUCCCUUAAGGGUCAACGCAUUGGGUUGGAAGCAGCAAUCACUGAAGCAGAAGAACGUGGAGACAUAAGUGUGAAAAACAUCAGGGCUAAGAUUGCUGGACUGGAGGACAGCAUAUUCAAAGCGAAGCAGGACAUAGCCCGAAAAUUGCGGGAAUACCAGGACCUUUUGAACGUCAAGAUGGGCCUAGAUUUUGAAAUUGCCACCUACAGGAAAAUGCUGGAGGGAGAAGAGAUCAGGCUUAGUCAGCAGCAGAAGGCAAUUCUUCAUGUUAACCCCACACCAACGUUUGGUUCUCGUUCCUCAUACACCAGAAGUUACUCAGCUGAACAUCAGGACUCCUUAGUGAAUGGAGGCGUUGUCCAGGAUGCCUCCAGGAGUCCGGUCACAAAGAAGGCUGUCAUGGUCAAGACUGUUCAGUCGAGUCAUAGAAAUGUGCACUAAAAGAAGUCUGACAACUAACAGCUGCGGACAAAGGUCUGAUGCCAUCUCAUUGCCUCUCACUUUUCUUUUAUUUUUGUGUUAUUAAUCAGGCUAACUCAUUCAUCUCUCUGUUUAAUUACUGUGAGUUACAUCUGUGCUUGGAGCCUUCCUGUAUUUAAUUCUGGAUGAAUAAAUGAAUCCCUUGGUAAAACCCUUCCCCAGCACCAUGAUGCACAUAAUCAGAGUAAUAACGGCCAUGAAUCACAUCAGAAAAAUACCGUCAAGGGUUCAAACUAAGCUCUCUGCAUAGGACAUCAAGAACAAAGAGUCACCAGUUAAUUGCAUGAGAGGAAGAAUGAGAAGCAUGAUAUUAAACAUUGACUUCACCACUUGAUGAAUGUGGGCUUUUAACUCAAGAGAAGCUCUUGUGUCAGUUAUACUCACUCUUGCCAACUGUUAAUAGUUCAUUUGUAAUGUUGUGGUUUCGUUUUCUUUGACCUUACAUAAAGUUGCAGCUUUGCUGUGUUGUGACGCAACAUGGAGAGGUAAAAUGUGCCCUCCACGUUUUGUCUAUUGCUACCACUGUACCUCUGGAAUAAUAUUUUACUUUUGGCCUUCCUUUUAAACUUAAUAAAUAGCUUCAUUCCAA